AUGAUCGAAUUUAUAUUAAGAGAAUUAAAAUUACGAGACACGAAAUAUGCUGUGGAAUCGAAAUACGGAUGGCUUCUAUCAAGACGUAAAUUGAAUUUCGGUGCAUUUGGCGACUGGUAUUUAGAUCGCUACAGGACUUUAAUAGACAAGAUGACGAGCGAGAGUUGCGUAGCAGUUGCGGUAAAACUUGAUAAGUGCGUAGAAGAAAAUUUCAAUAUUACGACUGGCAACAUAUUGUUAACUUUGCAAAAAUUAUUGGAAGAACAACUUAGCAUACAGAUGAUACAAAGAAAUAUUCAAAUUAGGAAACAAAGGAGUAUCAAUCGCAAUCGAGUACGUCCUGAAUUAAUCCAUGAUAAAAGCUCAAAGAUUUUCUUUCUUUCCUCAAAUGUGCAAAUAAAAAGACCUCCAGCAAGUUUGUAA